AUGGCCUCGGGUGUCCAUUACCGAAGGGCGUCGUUAUAUCUGGCGAACGUCCUCCUUAUAACAUCACUACUCAUAUUUGCUAAAGGAUUUUUUCCGCAUAAAGCCUUCUUGACCGGCCUUGCAACGUGGUCUGAAGGCCACCAGCCAAGACCAGCUCCUUUCGAUCGAGUCGUGUUCAUGGUGGUUGACGCCCUACGAAGCGAUUUCGUUUACGGCAAUGCAUCACAUUUUGCGUUCACACAAAGCCUGAUCAGAUCUGGCGCCGCACUGCCAUUCACAGGCCAUGCGAGUGCUCCCACCAUCACGAUGCCCAGGGUCAAGGCCAUCACCACCGGAUCAGUACCCAGCUUCGUCGAUCUGGUCCUAAACUUCGCCGAGUCCGAUACGACCUCAACGCUGAGAGAUCAGGACUCUUGGCUCGCCCAGAUGCGAGCAAAGGGUAGAAACCUCGUCAUGUAUGGGGACGAUACCUGGCUCCGGCUAUUCCCAAACUUCUUCCACCGCGCAGACGGCACCACGAGCUUCUUCGUCUCCGACUUCACCGAAGUCGACAACAACGUCACGAGACACGUUCCUUCCGAGCUCCGGAAUGAUGACUGGUCAGCCAUGACCCUGCACUUCCUCGGCCUCGACCACAUAGGCCACAAGACGGGGCCCAAAGGUCCCAACAUGCCAGCUAAACAAGCGGAAAUGGACACGAUCGUCCACGAAAUCUACACUGCCAUGGAGAGUCAGGAACAUAUGAAGUCGUGCCUCCUGAUACUUUUAGGGGACCACGGGAUGAACGAGGGCGGGAACCACGGCGCGUCUUCUCCAGGAGAAGUUUCUACCGCCCUGACGUUCAUCUCUCCCAGGUUCAAAUCAGCUUUCGAAGGCCAACACAGCCCGGUCCACGAUGCACACGACUACAAAUACUAUGACGAGGUCGAGCAAUCCGACAUCGUCCCGACGCUUGCAGCACUGUUGGGGUUUCCAAUUCCAAAAAACAAUCUUGGCGUGGCCAUCCCACGUCUUCUCGAGCUCUGGACAGUAGAAAGCGAUCGAUACAAUCUUCUCUACGAGAACGCCGAACAGAUCCACAGGAUAGCUCAAGCUACUUUCCCGGCAGCCUUUGCCCAAGCACCUCCUGACUGCUCAACGGCCAGUGGAGACGACGCCUCGGUUCUAGCAUGUCUAUGGUACCAGGUCGAAAUAGCGCAUUCGGAUCGGACAGCACCCUCAACCUCGAUACCCAGUCUGACGACGUUUCUAUACAAGGCCCAAACGCUCCUCAGCGGAACAGCGAGCAACUACGACCUCACAAUGAUGCAAGCGGGCAUUGCCCUCGCAACACUCGCAUUAGGGCUAUGUCUCCCCAGCUUCAUCCCGAGCCUGUUGCGCGCUGGCGUCGACGGCGUAAUGUUGGGGUUCACGAUGCUAAUGUACACCAUUACCAUGUUCGCCAGUAGCUACGUCGAAGAGGAGCACCAGUUUUGGUACUGGAUUUUCAGUGCCUGGCUCGUCGUCCUCUUCUGCAAAGACGCACGGUACUCUUCAUCGCCUUCUAUUCUUGGGGGGCCAACCGGGACGGCUCUUGCUUUCAUGUUCCUCCUCGCUACUAGACGCUGGCGUCAGACAGGCCAGAAAUACGCCGGCGAGCCCGAUCUGCUCACCGAGCUCCUGGUCCCGAACUCUUGGGUCCUGUGGAUUCUCGUGAUCCUCACGUUCGCCCACCUAGCCCGGAACUUAUCUCGUCGCGUCGUCAAGUGGAUGGAAACUCGACAAAUGAGUCUUCUCCCCGUCCUCAUCUCGAUGUCGGCGUUCUUAUUCAAGAUUGCCUUCACCGCGGCCGACGCACCGGAAUUGCUCAGCUCUUUCCCAGUUCUGAAUCCACUCGUGGUCUUCGUAUCCCGAUACCCGCUGGUCAGUCUGGCGCGGAUCGUCUUUCUAGGCCUGGUGCACCUCCUGGGCUGUUCCAUCUACUAUGAAGCGCCGUGGCAGGGAGUAGAAAACCUCCGAGGGUUCCUCGACGCAGCUCAAGAUGUACUCUCACUGUUCCUGGUAACGCAGUCACGUACCGUCUACGUACCGCUAUACCUUUUCUUCAGCAUGCAAGUAUCCUUGUUGAGACGUGGACGACAGUACAGUGUGAGCGAGAUAUCUAUCCUUGCACUCCUCGCGCAGUAUGCCUCAUUCUUCACGUUCGGAGGCACAAAUUCUAUAGCCACGAUCGAUUUGUCAAACGCCUACAACGGAGUCAGCGGAUACAAUAUCGUGGCUGUGGGCGCGCUCACGUUUGUGAGCAAUUGGGCUGGGUCAGUGUGGUGGGCCUUCGCGGUGUGUCAGCUUUAUAGUGCAUCACAACUUCGCGAGGGAGGUAUUGGAAUGAUGAUGACGACCAUGGCCACUUUUGCGUGUGUGCACACUUUGGCGGUCAUGGUUGCUUGCAUGGUGCUCAGGGAGCAUUUGUUCAUUUGGACCGUCUUCUCGCCCAAGUAUCUAUACACUGCGGCUUGGGUCGUCGGGCAGCAUACUGCAGUGAACAUGCUGGCUGUUGGAGGUCUUCUGUGGUGGCGUCAUAGCUGA